AUGGUUGAUGAGGCUAGGGACAGUUCAGUGAAGGAGCAUAUGAGAGUUGUUUUGAGGUAUGUGAAUAAAAAAAAAAGUGUGAUUGAACGAUUUCUUGCAGUUGUGCAUGUGCCUGACACUAGUUCUCAUUCUUUGAAAAUGGCUAUUGAUGCUUUAUUUGUGCAACAUGGUUUAUCAUUAUCUAGAUUGAGAGGCCAAGGAUAUGAUGGAGCUUCAAAUAUGCGUGGUGAGUUCAAUGGAUUGAAAUCUCUGAUACUACAAGAAAAUCCAUUUGCAAUGUAUGUUCACUGUUUCUCUCACCAGCUCCAAUUAGUUCUUGUUGCUGUUGCCCAUGACAAUUUUACUGUUGUUGAUUUAAUUAUACAAGAGAUGAAUAAUCGUUUUUCUGAAGUUAGUACGGAAUUGCUUGGUUGCAUAUCAUGUCUUCAUCCAAGAAAUUCUUUCUCUCAAUUUGAUGUUGACAAACUCAUCCAUCUUGUUGAUUUUUAUCCCGAGGACUUCUAUGGUACUGAUUAUUUAUUUUUGGAACAACAACUUAUGAGUUACUUUUAUAAUCUGCGGGAUGAUCCUUACUUUUCUUCAAUUGAUGACUUGGGAAUUCUUGCUCAGAAAUUGGUUGAGACUGAAAAACAUUUAGUGUUCCCAUUGGUUUAUCGUAUGAUAGAGUUGACAUUAGUUUUACCAGUUGCAACUGCUUCGAUUGAACGAGUUUUUUCUGCAAUGAAGACUGUGAAGACUGAUUUACGCAAUAGAAUGAGAGAUGAAUGGAUGAAUGACAGUCUAGUUGUAUACAUUGAAAAGGAUAUUUUUUCUACAAUUGAAAAUGAGCAAAUAUUACAACAUUUUCAACAAAUGCAGUCUCAUAGAAUCUAA